CCGUCACACGUGCCACCAGAUCACCUCUUCUUCAACCAAGUUGAAUGUAACAUUUCGAGUUCUACGCUUGCAAAGUUUAGACCUUUAACAAUGGCGUUCUCUUCUCUCUCCCCUCUACCUAUGAAGUCACUUGACAUUUCAAGAUCCUCAUCUUCUCUCUCAAUAUCACCGUACCAUUUUCAGAGAUACCCAUUGAGACGUCUACAGCUAAAUUCUCGUUCAAACUCAGAAAUCAGAGAUUCAUCAAACACUAGGGAAGGUUGUUGUUCCAGCGCAGAAUCAAACAAGUGGAAGAGGAUCUUAUCCGCCGCAAUGGCAGCUGCGGUUAUCGUCUCGAGCUCCGGCGUGCCGGCCAUGGCAGAGCUUAACAAAUUCGAGGCCGAUACGCGUGGCGAGUUCGGGAUUGGCUCGGCUGCUCAGUACGGUUCUGCUGAUCUCAGCAAAACAGUUCACUCCAAUGAAAACUUCAGAAGAGCCAACUUCACUUCUGCAGACAUGAGAGAGUCUGAUUUCAGUGGUUCGACCUUCAAUGGUGCAUAUCUUGAGAAAGCAGUUGCAUACAAAGCUAACUUCUCAGGUGCUGAUUUGAGUGAUACAUUGAUGGACCGCAUGGUGCUAAAUGAGGCAAAUCUGACAAAUGCGGUACUGGUCCGAUCAGUGCUAACCCGAAGUGACCUCGGUGGUGCCAAAAUCGAAGGUGCCGAUUUUAGUGACGCUGUGAUUGAUCUUCUUCAAAAACAGGCUCUGUGUAAAUACGCAACCGGAACAAACCCAUUGACAGGAGUGGACACGAGGAAGAGUCUUGGCUGCGGAAAUAGCCGGAGAAAUGCAUAUGGCUCGCCUUCUUCUCCUCUUCUCAGUGCACCACCUCAACGUCUACUCGGCCGUGAUGGAUUCUGCGAUGAAAAGACCGGACUCUGUGAUGUCAAGUAGUUUCAGUAUGUUAUAAGUCAUGUGUGAUUACAAUACAGAUACAUCAUUUCUAUCUUUAUAUGUUGUGCAACACUAAUCAUGUAUGUUUUGCAUUGUAAGUAAAUGACUGGAAACAAAAAGAACACUGAAAUACUGAAAAAGAAGAAGAUAAUGAUCA